AUGUGGCACCUAGCAGACACAGUACAAAAUAAUGAUGCUGGGCAUAUCACUCAGAUAGAACAACCAGAGGCAGAAGAUGGUGAUCAAUUCCUCUCGUUUGCCAAGUGAGUUGCUUAUGUUGCAAGAAUUCUGGAUGUAUUAUUUUGAAAGAUAAGCCAUUAUUUGAGGUGAUAUGAAGCUUUCUUUGUGUUGUGUUUUCCACACCCUCAGGAGGUCCAAGGUUGUGCAGCGUCAGUGUUCAGAGAUGGUGACUGAGCCUAGCCCUCCCCCACAGUCUAGCUCCUUGUCAAAGAGUAGAGAAGAUUUCUGGCACAGGAUUCUAUGUCAGCCAAGGUGGAUGUCCUCUUCACUCUCACCACCAACAAUCUCACUAUUUUAUAAACAUAUCAAUGUUAAGAAAUGCUCCAGUCACUCUUACUGAUAGAGGUCUGUAUGUUGUUCGUUAGUGAAGUGUCUCCUGAGCCCACCACAUCCUACAGCCCCUUUCAGAUGCAGAUGUUAUCAAAUAAACCUGAAGGACUAGUGAGUAAACCACAGACGAGUAGCCUAAGACUUGGUAAACUUAUGUUUCACUGUGGCUGUCAUAUUUGUUUUUAUGGUACAACCUACGGUUGAGGUAAAAAGUUUAAAGAUUUGUUUCCAUUAUGUGCACACGCAGGUUGGCGUGAACAUGACAGGAUCACCUCCAGCAGGACAGAGAGUUAAAAAGGGGGGAAGGCUGGGUCUAAGGAAGCUACCCUCUCCAGCUGAACUGAUGGGCCGGAAGAAGAAGGGGAGGACAGGGAGUGCAGCACAGGGCAGCCAGGUGGUGCAACCCAGGGUGGCAGCAGUGCUGCAGCACAUUGGGGACCUCCGCAGGAGACAGAGCUCUAUUGACCAGUAAGUGAAAGGCUUCUGAUGCAAGAUAGUGCAGAGGGGAUAUUGGAGAUGGAUGGCCUGAGCCUGUGGCUCGAUGGUUUUACUUCUUGGUUUUACUGUGCCCUCAGGGUAGAAUGAGGGGAAACAGAUUUUAAUUGGAUGCCAUGGGGGAAGAAAUGUGGUUAUGCAUUCAGUGCAGGUGUAAAGGACAUCAUGCUGCUUGCUUAGCGAGUACCACUUCUUACCGAUUCGGCCCAUACCUGGCGUGAACUCAGGACCUCUGCCUUGUUAGCACACGUGACCGCCCUCCUGAACCGUCUUACCAGUCAGCGCCACGCAAAAAGCUACUGUAGCUAUUCGCUGGCGCAAGUGGGGACACUUCAGGCUGAGGAGUAAGUUUCACACAUCCUCAUGUGCUACACAGGGAUAGAGAUUUACAAAGGCAACUCUGAAAUGCUGUUGAGUCGUAGUAGAAUAUCAUAGGUGACUGAAUAAAACAGAAAAACUCAUAUUAUUUUUACUUUUACCAUUGUUGGUGGCCUUUGGAAAAUAAGCAUUAAAUAUAGAACCCUAGUUCUUCAAAUGAACCAAAACACUAUCCUGUCCCAGGUUGAAGCGGGGGAAUUGGUGGGGCUCCAAACCCAGGUGUAAGGCAGAAGAGGGCCGUUCCCAGUGGCCAGCAGAGGACAGUAGCAUGUCUCAGGCUCAGCUGGAGCCCAGCCUGGCUUUCAGCACUACAGUGGAGAAGCAGGAUGAAGCUACAGACUACCUCAGUCCAACCCUCACUCGUCCUUACACCCAGCAGGAGGUAUGGACUCACAAAUCUCACUGACUGAUAUUAUAUUUCAGAGUAACUGGAAUUGAGGAAGCAAAUGUGGAUAUCCCUUAUUCUACUGUGAUGUCUUUGCAGGGGAUGUUUGGAGGAUUUGAACAAGCAUCCCAUCUUGCUCCUGGAGGGAAUCCGAUGAUGUCAUUUGUCCUGGCAACUGCUGAUAGACAAGCCAAGGGGGGUUGGCAAGGCACUUGUCUGUCCCACAAUGAAUUCUGGGGCAUUGGGCACACUCCAGAG